AUGAAUCCGCUGAGACACAUUUUCUGGCAACCAACGCCCAUAGGAAAGUUGGCUAAAUGGCAAAUGCUACUAAGCGAAUUUCACAUCGUGUGCGUAGCACAAAAGGCAGUCAAGGGUCAAGCCCUAGCCGAUCUGCUGGCGGAAAGUCCCAUAGAUGAUGAACUGAAACCAUUACGGACUUUCUUCCCUGACGAGGAAGUGAUGGCCAUGGAAGAAGAUGUGGUGGAACCAUAUUCGGGUUGGCGGCUGUUCUUCGAUGGAGCAGUUAACUACAAAGGAUCGGGCAUCGGAGAAGUGGAAGCAACUUCCCACAAGUCAGUGACCAAGAAAAUCGUGGCCGACUUCGUCAAAAACAAUCUCAUAUGUCGUUUUGGUGUCCCGGAAUCCAUCAUCACAGACAAUGGUGCCAACCUGAACAGAAAUUUGAUUAAAGAUAUCUGUGAGCAAUUCAAAAUCACUCACAUGAACUCUACUGCCUAUCGGCCACAGAUGAAUGGGGCCGUAGAGGCUGCCAAUAAGAAUAUCAAAAGAAUCUUGAGAAAGAUGGUCGACAACUACGAGAAUUGGCACGAGCAGUUGCCUUACGCUCUAUUGGGAUACAUAAUAAAAACCCGAACUUCCACCGGGGAAACACCGUACCUCCUUAUCUACGGUACAAAAGCAGUCAUACCCGCAGAAGUGGAAAUCCCUUCACUCAGGAUCAUCCAAGAGGCAGAGCUGAAAGAUGCAGAAUGGGUUAGAAAUCGUUAUGAACAACUGGCCAUGAUAGAGGAAGAGAGAAUAGUGGCAGUAUGCCAUGAACAGUUAUACAGAGAAAGGAUGUCUCGAGCCUUCAGCAAACGGCUUCUCUUUUACAGGACAGCGGAUACACCACCAACUGGUUUACUCAUAGCCAAGGCGGAAAGCAAACCCAUCCCGGUGGAGAGAGACCAAAAGGGCCAUAGAGCAAAUGAGCGUAAAUACAAACCUGACCAAGAGGGUCAUGCAAAGAGUGGAAAUCGAAUAUGUAUCAGACCAAGAGGGUCACAAUUGGUGACCAUAUCUGAGGGUGUGCCUGCAUAA